AUGACUCCAAUAACUGUCACCAAAACGCCGAAAACAUUUUCUAAUGAUGACGAUGAUGAUGAUGAUGAUGAUGAUGAUGAUGAUGAUGAUGAUGAUGAUGAUGCGGAUGACGAUGAUGAUGAUGAUGAUGAUGAUGAUGAUGAUGAUUAUGACGAUGAUGAUGAUGAUGAUGAUGAUGAUGAUGAUGAUGAUGAUGAUGAUGAUGAUGAUUCGCAUGAUGAUGAUGAUGAUGAUGAUGAUGAUGAUGAUGAUGAUGAUGAUGAUGAUGAUGCAUGA